GCCGGCGAGCUGCUGUCAGGGGUGAUGCAGCCGGUGGGGGAGGGAAUACCCCCGGCUCCAGCAUGAGGACGGUGUGAAAGAUGUGCGAGCAGGCAGCGCGCUACUGCAGGGAGAGCGUCCACAAGCUCCUCCGCAAACAGCAGCCGCAGAUCAGGGGGCUGGACGGGCUGGUCCGCUGGAUCGUCACCAAGAUGAGCGACAAGAGCAUCCUCUCGGAGCGGGAGCUCCUGCAGGAGGGGCAGGCGGCCGCCGGCCAGGCAUUCUUCCCCCCGGGGCAGCGGAAAGGCACCUCCGUGAUCCUGGAUAUUUUCAGACGCGCUGACAAAAAUGAUGAUGGGAAGUUGUCCUUGGAGGAGUUCCAGGCUUUUUUUUCAGACGGGACUCUUAAUGAAGAAGAACUUGAACAGCUCUUUCAUACUAUUGACUCAGACAACACCAGCAAUGUGGAUACAAAGGAGCUGUGUGAUUAUUUUGCUGAUCAUAUGGGAGACUAUGAAGAUGUUUUGGCUUCCCUGGAGACCCUUAACCUCUCCAUUCUGAAAGCCAUGGACUACACCAAGCGGGUGUACGAAAGAGGGACCAACGUGGACCAGUUUGUGACCCGUUUCCUAUUGAAGGAGACUGCCAACCAGAUCCAGUCUCUGCUGAGCUCUGUGGAGAGUGCUGUUGAUGCCAUUGAUGAGCAAACCAAUCAGAUCAGACACUACCACAGUAAAUCUGGCCAUGGUGUAAUGGAUACCUGGUAUGACAACCCUGUGCCUAGUUAUUCCCCCAAUAACAGAAUCAUGGCCAAGGAGCACAGGAAAAGCUUCCAGACUGGUUCCUCAGAAACCAAGGAAGAAGGGCUGGAAGCUCAGAUUAACAGAUUAGCUGAGUUGAUUGGAAGAUUGGAAAAUAAGACUCUCUGGUUUGACCUGCACCAGAGACUGUCAGACAGCGAAAGCACAGCUUGCACAUAUCUCUUUUUGGUACGGAAUGAGAUGACGGUUUCCCAGAAGCACCUGGGGGAAUUCUGUAGCUCCCUUAAGCAGUACCUGAAGAACGUGGCAGGACAGAGAGACUGUUUCCAUGUAACUGCAGUGAGGCUCCCAGACGGAGUCACUUUCAUCGUCUAUGAGUUCUGGGAGUCUGAGGAGGACUGGAAGAGCCACCUGCAGAGUGCUCCCUGUAAGGGGUUCCAGCAUGUUAAAGUGGACACACUGACUCAGCCGGAAGCAGUUUCCAGUGUAUCUGUGCCAGCUGCCUGGUGCACUCUGAACAGAGAUUGAGUCCUCGGCCGGCGCGGAGUCAAGCAGCAAGGUGACCCGUGGCCCUUCCAGGCUCUUGCCUUUUCUGUCCAGUGACUUCUCUCUCCCUUUGCAGAGGACUAAACUCCUGUCUUUUCUAAUGCCUUUGUUACAGGUGAUGUCUUUUGAGUUCUCUACUAAGCAAGAAUGUCAGCAAUGUAUUUGCUAGGUGUUUGAAGUGAAGGAAAAAACAUAACCCCACUCCCCCCCACCCCACCCCAC